UGCUGUCACUACAGUCAAACACUGCAGAGAGGAGGACAGGAAAGUAUAAUUGCUACUUAUCUCAACUUAUCUAGAAGGGACGGGACGAUGAAGAGAUGAGAUCGGUUCAAUUCAGUUAGUUCGGAUAGAAGAUCUGACUGCCGAUUUUCAUUACCACAGCUCACAGCUUUUAAGCUUAGCCAAGACAACAAGACCGACUUUCACUGGAACACAGACAGAGCUAAAGCAACGAGUUCUGGACACCAUAUCGUGAAGUGUUGACAGGAUGCCGCGACCAGGAAGAAACACCUACAGCGACCAGAAACCUCCCUACUCAUACAUCUCCCUGACCGCCAUGGCCAUACAGUCAUGUCCGGAGAAGAUGCUGCCUCUAAGCGAGAUCUACAAGUUCAUAAUGGACCGGUUCCCCUACUACAGAGAGAACACACAGCGGUGGCAGAACUCCUUACGACACAACCUGUCUUUCAACGACUGUUUCAUCAAGAUCCCGCGUCGCCCGGACCAGCCAGGGAAGGGGAGUUUCUGGGCACUUCACCCCAGCUGCGGUGACAUGUUCGAGAACGGGAGUUUCUUGCGACGCCGUAAACGGUUUAAGGUGAUGAUGAUGAUGGCGCAGGAGCACCUGGCCCAGAGCAAGCAGUCUGACGCGGCCCACUACCUCCAGCAGCAGGCAAAACUGAGGCUCAGCGCCCUAGCUGCUACAAGCACACACCUGCCGCAGAUGUCUAACUAUAAUUUAGGAGUGUCGCAGCCAUCGACUUUUAAACAUCCGUUUGCAAUAGAGAACAUUAUAGCCAGAGAGUACAAGGUUCCGGGGAGUCUGGCGUUCUCCACUAUGCAGUCCAUGUCCGCAGGCUACCCUCUACACAACCAGCUAACCACGGCCUGGCCACACAUGUACAACACAAUGGUUGAUUCGGUUUCUCCAAUAUCUAUGGGUGGUGACUACGGGGCCUAUGGUAUGCCGCUCAAGUCUCUCUGUCAUGGUGGACAGACCUUACCAGCCAUCCCUGUGCCCAUCAAACCCACCCCGGCCCCGGUGGGGCUCUCUGCAGGACUUCCAACCCACAUUCCGGCCUUCCUCUCGAACUCUCCACAGUCUCUGAGCCCGACAUCCCCUCAGACAGCCACCAGCCAAAGCAGUCCCUCCACCCCUCGGGAGACUCACACCAACCCAACACUGCAGUCGGUGGCGGUGCACUAACCAACAGAACUACACAGAGCUCUUUAUCACCAAGACCAGCAGGCUCGGACCACAUCAUGGCUCGGACCACAUCAUGGCUCGGACCACACAAGAUUCUAACUCCUGUUCCGGACGUCUUGGGCGGAGAUAUCAUCAACCAAGGCAAGAGAGACUUUCAUUUUGAGUAUACAAUGUGUAUUUUGGUUUCUGGUGUUUUGCUUUGAAUUGUGGUUGUCUUAUAACAUGGGCCCAACACAAAAAAAUUUGCCAUUGAUCUUUGCUCUUCAACUUAUUACGUAUUUCUUUUUAAAGUGUUGUCAGAUUGUGAUUUGUAAAGGCUCAAAGCACUGCAAACCGCGGUUCAGUCUGAUGCAUGUCAGUAACUUUUCUUUCAAACCUUGACUUUGUUUCAGAUGAUUUAAUUGCACGUAACGAUGGUUCAAUUGGAUGUAACGUAAUGUCCCAGACAACCUUUGAAAUAAUAUUAUUUCCUGAUUAUCAAAUACGUCCCAUGUUAGUUAUAUUUAUAACUGGAACAUACAUUCUUCUCAACCAGCAUCACACACAAACAACGAACAUUUGAUUGGGAUGUCAAUGUGUCACAUUGUGAAAGCAUGCAAACCUAAACCUCUCAAUUCAUCAUUUGUUUUAAACAAAUUAUUAGUUUUGAUGCUCAAAUGGUUGUUGCUGUCAGAAUACCAAAUAUGUAUUUGAUUUGUUUAUCAGCUAUGUAAAAAUACAAUUAUAGAACAUUUUAAAAUCUUUAGAAAUAUUACACUGUAAAUUGAACAAUAGGAUUAUUGAUAAAUGCGAAGAGAAAUAUGUGAAUGAAUGUGAAUAAUUACAAAUAAUCUGAUAUGGAUAUGUAAAAUGCACUUUUUAUUUGGUUGUUUACAAUAUCUAAUUCACAAAAUAUGUUCUGUGAUUUUUAUUUAAAUGAACGAUUACGCUGUUGAUAAUAUGAUGUUAAUGUGUUUCUCUGUCGAGGUAAAGCAUGUUGAAUUCAAAAGGAUGUGUUGUAUCUUCCAGCAUGCUGCUUUUGAAAGUGUGCAUUUGGUUUGCAUUGAAUUUAAAAGUUGGUGAUCGAAAUAUUUUCUC